GCCAGACGCUGACAAACCCGGGUGAUGGUUCACGGUGCAGGCUCACUGUGCAGACCCCAUACAUUUGAAGGCAUCACGCAAACGUGGGUGGGGUCGUUCAGAUGCGCAGCCAGACACAAAUGUGCAUCAUACGACUAAACCUCAAGUGCAUUUGUACUCAGCCUGUGCCUGCUUUGUGUGACCGCUAAGAAAACGAGUCUGUCUUAGUUUUGUAAGUACGACUUUACGUUUCUUUUUUGUACAUUAGUCGUUUUAUAUCAUGGCAUGGCCGUGCAUCACGCGUGCUUGCUGCAUCAAUCGCUUCUGGAGCGAGCUGGACAAGGCGGACAUCGCUGUGCCUCUGGUUUUUACCAAAUACUCGGAUGUGGCUGAGGUGCAGCAUGUGGCGCAUCAUCCGCAGCCCAGGCCGACUCGCGCCGCUGCUAUUGCCAUAGAAACCCAGCCUUAUUCUGGGGAGCAGGAGCAGACCGCAAAGGCACCGCCCGCUAAAGAUGGCUCUUCUGCGUCCGUCAUGCGCCAAGAUUUCAAGGCGUGGAAAGUGCGUCCUGAGCCCAGCUGCAAGCCCAGAAACGAGUACCAACCAUCACCGACCCCGUUCAUCAAUGAAACUCAGUACCAGAAGGACUACAAGCCCUGGCCCAUUCCGAAGAAGCAUGACCAUCCCUGGAUCCCUAAAUCCGCAGAGGCGGAGAGCGGGCCUGAAAAAAGUGAGUUAGAGGAGAAGGUGCAUGAGAAAGAAACCAAAGGUACGAAGAAAGGACCGUCCGAGGAGAAGAAAGCUGCGAUCAAAUCUGAGAGCCAAGUGUGCGCAGAGGUGAGCGCCGAGCAGCGCAAGGGCCGCGCGGCCGCAGACGCACUCAACAGGCAUAUCAAGGAGGUCAUGACCACCUCCAGCAGCUACAGGACAGAGUUUAAGGCAUACAAAGAUGUGAAACCAGCCAAGCCCAUCAAAGCUCCUUCUCAGUACAAGCCGCCAGGGGAGGAGACCAGUCUGGAGACCAGCUACAGCGCCACUUUCAAAGGGGAGCAGGUCAAGUCUCAUCCCACUGACAACAAGCUACAGGAGCGCCGCAGGAUACGGAGCCUCUACAGUGAACCCAGCAAGGUGGACAAGCCAGUGCCACGUGCUAAACCCAAAAAGACACCAACGACAACAACAGGAAAGAUGGUGAAAAAGGCAAAAGAAAAGCAGAUUUCUAGUUCUCUGACAGCUAAGAAGAAAGCGGGCACUGCUGAACCCAAACCUGAAGGAGUAGUGACAAAGAAGAGCAAAGAGCUAAGUAAUAGACUGGCAGAGGCAAAGCAUUAGGUCUGUAAGGUGACACUUUUUCCAAUUUCUUUUGUUUACUUGUAAUUUUGUUUUUGCUGCCUUGUUGUUCACUGUUCACUUCACUCUAAUGAACACUUCUUCUAAUGCAGUCACGUUCCGGUAAUGAGAGUGUCUGGGAGCAACACACACAAAAUAGCUUUAUAUUUUGAGCACAUCAUUUGCACAUAUUAGCAAAGUUUAGUUUAACCUUAACUUGAAGAGCCAUGAGUAUACAUUCAACAUGUGUACAAGGGCAUUGUAUAGGGCAUUAUUUCUAUAGAUGCCUGAGAAAAAUGAAAAAUGAUUGUAGAAUGUUAGGUGGGAGAUUUAAACAUAAUUGUGCUAAGACAAAUCUGUUCUAAGGUUUAGUUUUUACAGUGCCUCAGUCAUGGUCCUGGUCUUCAAUUCAUUGUUCUGAUUUGAUAUCUAGUUUCAUCAUUUGGGUUGCCUAGACAACCAAUGAAUUGUAAUAUAAUAUUGCUACAGCUUGCAUGGAGGAGGCCAUCUUUGGUUACAUUUAGAUACAAACCCCACAUCUUAGCUUGUAAAUCAAAUCAAUAUGCAUUAACAUACAAUGGCCAUUAUAGUUUUAAUGGAUAUUAUGCAUGUGAUAGUAGUAAUACACAUUUGUCACAUCAAGUACAUCACUGAAAAGGAUGUCUUAGUUUUGUAGCCAUUUAAAUGGUAGGUCAGGAGUUGAGCAACGAAUAUCAAAAGUUGUAGUGGUGUCAUAGGGUUCCCAAUUCCCCUUUUAAACUGAUAAAAAAUAAUUAGAAAACAUACAGGUAUUAUUAUAAUAUAUAAUCACCUGGAUUGGCUGCUACCAGGUGUUAAUGGACAAAGAAUAGGCCAGGACUUGAAAGGAUUUGAAGGUAAUAAACAAUGCUGCUGUUAAAAAGUCUAAAGUUGCGCAAAUUGCUGUAAUGUGUGUACUGUUUUUAUCACCAUCACAGCCUUCCCUUUGUAGUUGUAAAUGCAACAGUGCUCAAAUAGAGACACAAGUCCAUUUUAGCUUGUUUGGAUAGGAGGUCAUGUUCAGCCUGUCCAAACUGGUGCUACAAUAUAAUGUCAUGUAUUGUCUGGUGUGAGCUGUGUAUGGUGUCAGACCCAAAUGAGCUAAAGUGACUAUAAGACAAUGUUGAAUCACUGCAAAUGUUCUGGUAGUGUGCUUGUAUCCUCAGCUUGCGUUGGAUGAAUUAAAAUGAUAAUACUGAACAA